AUUUCGUCUAGCGCAUAACACACGCACAGUUCAGCAUGGACGAAAGCGCGCAGCGGGUACUGGAGCAUCUGACUGAGGUAGAGGUUGCUGCAGAAGACAUACUCACCGACAAACAACAGAUUGUGGAUCUGGAUGUGCGGAGAAACAGAAACCGAGAAGCUCUCAGCGCGUUAAGAAACAACUCACCAAACGAUAAUGUAAAGGUGUGUUUUGGAAAUAUGUUCAUCAAAUUCCCUCAAGAAAGCACCAGAUCAAUGAUCCUGAAAGACCAAGAGCAGCUUGAUAAGGAAAUAACAGACCUCCGCACACGACUGAAAGCGAAAGUGAACCGUCUCAAUGAGCUACAAGGUAAACCUGAGCUUAGAGGAUACAACCUUGCUCCUCUGAGCAGUGAUGAAGUAAAGGCGAUUAACAGCCUUCUGAAGAAGUGAAGUUGAUGAAAUGAGUUAUUCAGACUGCUUUGAGCCUGGAAAUGGGUUGAUGUAUUGAGCAGUGCACUGGAGCACUAAACCAGCGGUGACUUCACCCACUCCACACAAGAUCUGUGUCCUUCUCUUUGGUUUAUUCAGUGGUUUUUUCAUGCAUGGUGUUUGUCAAGUCUGGUCCAUGUUCUGUGGGAUGUGAGAUCAUUCACACUUGUGCUUCUUCCCUGUUUCAUUUUGAACAGGUUAAAAUCAAUUGCUGUUUUGUUGAGUGCACAUAUGAGGAUGUUUUGUUGGUCAUAAUUCAAUGCAUUUGUGUUUAAAUAACUGGAUUAUACUGUUUAAAAUAAAAUUAACUGUUGAAGAGAGAAGCCAGAAUAAUGCACAGAUUUCCUGCUGGGUAUUCUUAUUCAUUCAUUUUCUUGUCGGCUUAUUCCCUUUAUUAAUCCGGGGUCGCCACAGCGGAAUGAACCGCCAACUUAUCCAGCAAGUUUUUACACAGCGGAUACCCUUCCAGCUGCAACCCAUCUCUGGGAAAAGUAUUAUUAUUAUAUUUUUUCUUACUUUCACAGAUUCUGUUAAUAAACUGCAUCAUUUUAAUACAUUUUUAAAUAUUUCUUUUGAUCUAUUAUGUAGAUGUGGUCCUUCAAAAAAUAAAUAAAGGAUCUCCAUGUCGCUCUGCUGGAUAUACUGUAUAUCAGGGGUGUCCAAACUCAGUCCUGGAGGGCUGGUGUCCUGUAGAGUUUAGCUCCAACCCUAAUCAAACACACCUGAAGCAGCUGAUCAAGCUCUUACUAGAUAUACUAGAAACUUCCUGGCAGGUGUGUUGAGGCAAGUUGGAGCUAAACUCAGCAGGACACCGGCCCUCAGGACUGAGUUUGGACACUCCUGCUGUAUAUGGUUAACAGCAUUUAUCUCUGUAUUUUCUGCAGGUCUUUGUUUAGCCAGCAGAUGGCAGCUUUGCUUUGUGUUAGUUUUAUGUUGCAGUAAGUACAGUUGAAGGCUGAAUUGGCCUAUUCAUGUAGUUUAGUAAAACUAUAUCAUUUGAGCAUCGAUAUCGCAGUGUGUAAAUCUGCAGUCGUCACAUUGCAAGAUUAGAUUGUUUAUUAAAGAUAAAGAUUCAUUCA